AUGUUGGAGACAGUCCAGAUUCCAGCUCUCUUUCUCGUAAUUGCUUGCUUAUGUGCAUAUCUAUCCAUUUCACGCCGCCCUUGUCUCCCGGCCAUUCCGCCUGGUCCUAGGCCUCUCCCUCUCCUCGGUAACAUACUUUUCAUUUCGCCACGUAAAUCAUUGGAGACCUAUGCCAAGUGGGCGCGCCAGUAUAAGAGUGGCAUCGUGUCUGUUCAUGCGUUUGGACAGAUGACUGUCGUCGUUAACACUAUCGAAGCUGAAAAUGAAAUGUUUCAGCGCCGUUCAACCAUCUACUCUGACCCACCACGAAUGCCCAUGAUUGACUUAAUGGAGUGGGACUUCAACACUGGCUUGAUGCCUUAUUCAAGCGCGUGGCGUACGAGGCGAAAGAUGCUUCAUCAGUUUCUGCAUUCUAGGGCUGCUAUACAAUACCAUCCAAUGCAGAAGAAAUAUUCAGGGGAGCUGAUGAGGCUAUUGUGCCUGACGCCGGAGAAUUUUAUAGCUCAUUUGCGAUAUUACGCGUCAUCCAUUGUCAUGUCGGUGGCUUACGCGCAUGAUGUAUCUCACUCAGAAGAUCGGUACAUAGACAUCGCAGAGCAAGCAGUUGGUAUGCUGUCUGGAUUAGUAUUCCCGGGCGCAAAGCUCGUCAACGCGCUACCAAUCUUGAGGCACUUGCCGGGAUGGCUCCCGGGAGCUGGUUUCAAAGCAUAUGCAGAGAAGUGCGCCCCCCUGACGCGAGAGAUGAGACAAAGGCCGUUUGAGGCAGUAAAAUGUAGCAUGGUAAGCUGUCAAUGUGAGGGAUUUGUGUCAAUCUCGUUAACUCUACAAUUCAAGAUCGAUGGCUCAGCGGUCCAUCCUUCGAUAGUGGCGACAUUGCUUGAGGCGGGUGAGGCCGACGAGGAGGCUAUCGUGGACACAGUGUCAACGUUGAUCACUGCGAUUCUGGCACUCGUCCUGCACCUUGACGUGCAAUAUCGAGCUCAAAACGAGAUCGACACUGUUGUUGGUCGCGAGCGUCUUCCAGAUUUUGGAGAUCCACUUCCUUACGUUGGAGCAGUUUGCCGCGAAAUUUCCAGGUGGAAACCAGUCACACCACUUGGUGUAGCACACUCAACUUACGACGACGAUGUUUACAAAGGAUGUGGUAUACCGAAAGGUACGAUCAGGGCCAUCCUACAUGAUCCUGUCAAGUAUCCUGAUCCAGAGUCAUUCAAACCAGAACGAUUUAUGACGGAUGACGAUACACUCAACGAUGACAAUGUGCAAGCUGGAUUUGGAUUUGACAGACGCGUUUGUAUCGGACAACAUCUUGCCAGUGCGACAUUAUGGUUCAUGGUUGCACACACGUUAGCAAUAUACAAUAUCAAGAGGGCGAAGGAUGGUGCAGGGUUAGACAUCCCAAUUCAUGUUGAGUAUACCGACGGUCUUGUCAGUCAUGCGUUACCAUUUAGGUGCUCCUUUAGUCCCAGAGAUCAGAAGGCCGAGAGGUUGAUUCGAGAGGCUUGA